GUCCUUCGCUAUCCCUUCCCAUGGUCAGUCCGUCAAUGAUAGUAGAGUGAUUGAUAUCAUGUCCGUCGUGAAUGGGUUUGUUGACAGUGUCUUGUGAAUCGGUGAAAGUGGAAAUCGUACGAAUACAUUAGUACUGCCGUGCUUGUGACAGCUCUACCAUUUCUCGUGACGUUUAUGGUGAUUUUAUGAGCGACAGUGAUUCCUAUGAGACCGCAUAUGAAUCUUCACCCGAGGCCAAAUUCGAAUCUAAGUUGAACAACAGGAUGCACGUGAUGGAGGGGGACAUGGAGAAGGCGGGGGAGGGCGCCCCCGACCUGGCCCAGCUCUUGGAGGACCAGUCCCGGGCCGAUGCCAAGCAGGCCCUCCCCAUCGCCGAGGAGCACCGCAACGGCAUCCAGAAGGAAAAUGAGACUAUUGAGCCAGUCAAAGAGGUCCAGGAGGAAGCACCACUGCCUGCUCCUGAAAUUAAAGAAGAAAUUAAGGAGGAAGAAACUCCCGCUCCUAAAGAGGUGCCCGUUGAAGAAGAGAGGCCCCAAUCCAGGCCAAUAACUCCCAAAGAAGAAGAACCUCAAAACUCCCUACCUCCUCCUAAUCCUAAUCCAGAAGCUUCACGGAAACGGGCUUUAGAUGUGAAGGAACCAGAACCUGAGGGUGGCAGUGGCGGCGAGGAAAGCGAUUCCAGUAGAAAGCGCAAUAAAGUGGACCAAGAGACUGAAACAAUUCCUGCGGAGGCUUCUAAUCGUGAAACUAGGACUCCAGUGGAUGACGAAAGAGAAAGAAUGAUCUCUGAGUUUGUAACAGAGGUUUCUACUUCACCUGAUAGCCUCGGUGAGGCUUCUGACCGGCUGGCCAAAGAGAUUGAGAGCCUUGGGGAAAUGGCCGCCACAAAAGAGAUGGAAUGGAAUGCCAUUCUCAGGGUAAGGAAGCUGAAGGAAGAAAUGUUGGAAAGGCUGCUAAGGAGAAAAAGAAUGCACUGCCUCGACGAGCAGCCAGUUCCUGAAAGGUUCCCUGAGCAUUUAAAUUUAAACAAUAAGGUACCGAAUAAUCUAAUGAUGAUGAUGAUGAGGGGUCCGAGGUUUCCAGACGGUCUUGGUAAGCAGCAGAGACCUAUCCUUCCUAAACCAAGUCCUUAUGCUGUGGGGAUCAACCCCCGUGAAGGCAGAAAUGGACCUAUUGUAGAUGUCAAGUCAAUUAUAGAUGAUUAUAGUGGUGGUUACAGGUCACGCCAUCCAGAGACUGCUCCUCGGCGAGGGAGAAGGAUGCGAGGAUCCGCUGAACAACGCUUUUCAUCGAAUCCGUCUCUCAUUAGCAUGGCCAACAUGGCGCUUGGCACUGGAGCUUCUGUUAGGACUGUGUCUGAUCAUGUCUAUAAUAUGGGUAUGGAGCAGAGCAGGCGAGAAGAAGCCGCCAUUAAGGAGUCAGUGAAGCCAAAUGGAGCGAAGCCUUAUCCUGAGGUGACGCUACAUCCUGUCUCCCCACCUUCCUUGCUCCACCAGGUGCUAACCAAAUCAACACCACCCAGGCCAGCCUCCUUCUCCCCCACCCUGGCGCGACUUCUGACUGCGCCGGAACGACCUCCGGCCCCACCUCCUCACUUCAGGCCGCCAUCUAGGGUGUCCAUAGCAGACAUAUUAUCGUCGACAAAGCAGAAGAACCGUAAUGAAAUAACCAUAACCCCAGUCAGUGGUACCCCUCCCGUAGCUGUCAAGAAUAAAGAAGAUGUUGUUUUAUUGGAUGAUGACGAUGGAGAUGGUGGAGACCGACUUGUUAUUGACGAAGGCUCCGAAGAGGUUCCUCAAUGCCAGGGUUGUAGGCAUAAGUCGGCACAGUUUGUUUGUGCGGGCUGUGGCAACCAAUGGUGUCAGCCUGGGAAGAACACUCGGAAGUGUGUACGGGAUGAGACCAAACUAAACGUAGCAAGAAGACGUGCCAAAAAGAUCUCACUGGAGCUAUGAUUACUACUUCCUAUCUACCACCUACUUUAUUUAAUUGUUACCAGUUUUAUUUAUACACCUCCCAAAUUGUAUUUAUAAAUGGAAUAUUUAUUCCUUAGUAUUUCCAAUGGUAUUCCUAUUUUAGUUAUAUCAUUUUAAAUGUAAUUGUAAUUAUAACAUUUACAAUAAACAUUUUUUCAAGUACA